UUCCACUUGCGUUGUCUUUGAGUUUCUUGUCUUUGAGUUUCUCACAGAAAUAUAAGAACAGAAACAGACUCUUUCUUCUUCUCUUGUUGUACUGCACCAAGUCACAGUGAGGUGAGAGGAUGCAAGGAAUAGGAUCAGGGUUUGUAAAUUCAAACGAGCUAGAGCUGAGUCCCACCAUGAGUAGCUCCUCCUCCUCACUCUCCAUGGACCUAGACGAGUCCACCGAGACCAGGAUCCAACGACUCAUAUCGGAGCACCCGGUCAUCAUCUUCACCCGAUCCUCCUGCUGCAUGUGUCAUGUCAUGAAGAAGCUCUUAGCCACCAUCGGCGUUCAUCCCACCGUCAUCGAAUUAGAUGAUAAUGAGAUCGCCGCCCUUCCCCUCCCAGACACCGUCGCCCCUGCAGCAUUCAUCGGCGGCAACUGCAUCGGUGGCCUUGAAUCCCUUGUCGCCCUCCACGUCAGUGGCCAUCUCAUCCCCAAACUCGUCCAGGUCGGCGCUCUCUGGGUAUAAUGACACAACCCAAUCCCAGCCACCAGCCACCACCUCGCACAAGCGACCACCACGUCACCUAUCAAUAUUCCUACAUUCCAUUGUCUCAUUCCUCUCUCUAUUUCUCUUCUUAAUUAAUCUUUAUAUAUCUUAUGCUAUAUAUAUAUAUAUAUAUAUAUAUAUAUAUAUAUGCUAUGCAAUUGCUAGUUAGUACCUAUCUACCUAGCCAGUACUAUUAUUACUUAUUAUAAUUAGUAGUAUUAGUUUCAAAACCAAGAAACUGAAACAUGGCUAAUUGUAUAAUUUAGGGUUGUGAAAUGAAAUCUCAAUUUCUGUUUGAGUGUUGUUGAUGAAA